GAGCGCGGCGCUGAUUGGACAGCAGAGCUGUAUAAAUUGCCGCAGUGCCGUAUUUCUCUCUUUCGUGGAGAUUUAGUCCAAACCCCAAUGCGGUCUGAACAAACUGCCCAGGGCCGUUAUACGAGAGAGCCGUCGCGCACAGGACCGUCUUAUUUACAAUGAAGGAGAGAAGAAUCAGCCAGCCUUUGGUUAUGCGUUGCAAACUGGUUUUAGUAGGAGACGUGCAGUGCGGGAAAACCGCAAUGUUGCAAGUCUUAGCCAAAGACUGUUAUCCUGAGUUAUACGUCCCAACAGUGUUCGAGAACUACACAGCUGGACUGGAAUUAGAGGAGCAGCGCGUUGAGCUCAGUUUAUGGGACACGUCAGGUUCACCGUAUUAUGAUAAUGUCAGACCUCUGUGCUACAGUGAUGCAGAUGCUGUUCUGCUCUGCUUUGAUAUUAGUCGUCCUGAGACUGUCGAAAGCUCUCUGAAAAAGUGGAAAGCCGAAAUCAUGGAUUUCUGCCCCAGUACUCGAAUAAUCCUAGUCGGCUGCAAGACGGACCUGCGAACGGAUGUUUGCACACUGAUGGAGCUGUCCAAUCAGAGACUAACACCCAUCUCCCAUGAGCAGGGCACCUUGUUGGCGAAGCAGGUAGGAGCAGAGGUGUACCUGGAGAGCUCUGCAUUCACAUCGGAGAAGAGCAUCCACAGCGUGUUCCGCUCAGCGGCACUAACAUGCCUUAACAAACUGCAGCCCCCCAUAAAGCAAAGCCCCACUCGCCGGCUGUCCAAACGCCUCCUUCACUUGCCCAGCAAAGCAGAGCUCCUGUCCUCCUCCUUCAGCAAGCAGAGAACAAAGAGCUGUUCCAUCAUGUGAGCUCCAUGUGCACCACUCGCUCUUCGAAACGGUUGUUUGUGGGGGGGGAGGUCAUGACCUUUAAUGACCCCUCCUCCCUCUCUCUAUACUUAUGCUGUUCUUCUUCCAUUCUGACACCCCACCUGCAAACACACUCAUCACAACGACAAAGAGCUGCUGCCAUUGUUUAGGUUUUUCGGCUGUUACACAUCCUCUUCACCAGCCUUUACAUGAACUGCAUUUGUAUCAAUUAUCAAUCAGUCCGUCGAAGAAGGAAAUGCAGUGAAUACUGGACAGUGGACACUGUCGGAUAUUUUUAUGGGUAGUUAGCGUGGGAAUGUGGGUUGAACGUAAUUUAAUAUUUAAAGGAAGAGGAUGUGUUACACAGUACGCACUUUAGUAAACAUGGAUGUGAUUGUUAAAUGGAAAGUGAGAGGAUGAUUGAAUACGGGUUGGCAUUAGUUACUGUUUCAAUACAGAGUCAUGCUUUGCUUGUAUUAACUGGGACUGAUCUAUGAUGUGAGAACUUGAGGGGAGGAGCCAAACAAGAUUUUAUGUCCUCCUGAAAAGGUGAACAGUGUUAUAAAUCUGCUACAUGAAGCAUCCAAUCACAUUUGUACAUCCAGAUGUAUUGGACAUGCUGACACACUCUUUCACUCUCUCUCUCUCUCUACUGUAGUCCUUCAUGUGCUUUCUGCCCCUAGAGAACAGGUCAUAAAUCUCAGCCAAUGAGGAGAAGCCCAGCAUCGCCAGGGCCAUUUCUCAAUAUAGAGCAGAAGUUAUUGCCACAAAGACCCCUUCCAGAUGUUCCAACCGUUCUUUUUUAGAAAAUGAGAUCUUUCACUGAAGUAAUUUUAGAGAUGGACUGGAAAGGCCAUGGGGGAUUACUAAGGGACACUGCAGUCCACCAAAACUGAUCAACGUUGCAUAAGUGAGAAGAUAAUUUGAAUGUUCCAGUUGACUUUUCUUUUACAGUAAUCUGCCACAACACCUAAUUCUCAAUAACAGGCAUGUAAAGAACUGAUUCUCUUGUUAUGUGGUAAAGUUACUGGUUAUAAUCGAGGCUGGACAUUAGAUUGCAUUGUAAUUUCAGUGAUUCUCAUGCAUUUGGUCAGAUCACUGUCACAGAGGACUCUCCUCUCAUCCUAAGCCUCAUUCUGGUAAUCUCGAUCUUAAAUCGUUGUGUAAUACUUAAUCAUAAAACAACUAAAUCCUCACUUUGGGCUUAUAAAUUGCCAAGUAGAAAUUAACUGAGAAGUCAGACGAGACAGCAUUAUGAAGAAUCUGACCUCAGAAUAACUUCCAACUCAUGAAAUUCAUUAAAUUUAAUACAAUCAAAAAAAUGGUUGGGGGAAUAUUUUACACAAACAUUCAAAAGUGUGGGGACAGUGUAAGCUACAGCUGAAAAUUCAGCUUUGCCAUCACAGGAAUAAAUUACAUUUUAGAAAACAGUUAUUUUAAACUCUAAUAAUAUUUCACAAUAUUCCAGUUUUACUGUGUUAUGCAGAUCUAACAGGUGAUUAAGCAUGAAAGCGGGUUUUUUUAAAAAAUUUUUUAAGAUGGACAGUUUUCACUCAUUUAAACCAAAAUGUUGUAAAAUCAUUGACUUCGUAAAUUCUCACUCUAAUUCAUCUGA